GCAAAUUGCUUUGGUACUGGACUUCUUUUUUUAUCUAGUUUUUUUUCCUUGAAGUAGCCUUUGAAAUGUGCUUUAAAGGUCACUCUUAAAAGGUACCUAGUUAUUCAAGUGAAAUACACUGAGGUAACUUUUUUGGUCCCUUUAAAUGUAAAUCUUUUUGUAUUUCUCUUGUUUCCAUUUUCUCCUUGCAGUUAGGCAGUGAUGGAUUAGAAUUAGGCUGCAGCACAGAUUGGGAAAAUCUCCCAGCAUCCUCUUCCUGCAGAGACAUCAGCAACCAGCAUUGACUGUAGCUGCUGCCACUCUAAUUGACAUUUCUUUUAAAUUCUGAUAUGGAGAGCUCCUGUGAUGCCAGCUGCUGUUUUGUGAACUUUAUCUUUUUUUUCUUUUGCUUGAUAACUAAUUAAUGAGAACCCCAUGGGUACUGAGAAAUAAAACAGAGAAAACUGAAUAUUCUCUGUGCUUUUGGCUAGCUUUUCUGUGUCUGAUAGAAAAUAGAACAAGUAAGAAACACUUGUCCUUGCCUUGGAGGACUACGUUUCUUCACCUGAAGUUAUCUGCUGAUUUAAUCCUGGCAUCUAAGAUGGAUCUUAAGUGUGCGCUUGAAGAAUGUUCAAUGGCACUGAAUUUAUUUCUAAAUAAUAAAUUUUCUGAAGCCCUGGAAUUACUUCGGCCAUGGUCUAAAGACAGCAUGUACCAUGCCCUUGGCUAUAGCACUAUUUUAGUAAUGCAGGCUGCUAUGACCUUCGAGCACCAGGAUAUCCAAAUGGGAAUUUCUACAAUGAAGGAAGCUUUACAUACCUGCCAAAGAUUCAGGAAAAGAAGCACAGUGGUAGAGUCUUUGUCCAGUCUGGUUUCUAAACAGUCAAUGGAUCAGCUGAGUGAAGAGGAAAUGCAUGCAGAAAUCUGUUAUGCUGAAUGUUUGCUACAGAAAGCAGCGCUCACAUUUGUACAGGAUGAAAAUAUGAUCAACUUUAUCAAAGGUGGCCUCAAAAUUAGGACAAGUUACCAAAUAUACAAAGAAUGUCAUCAGGUGCUACAGAUGACUCAGGGCAAUAAAAAUAAAAAUGAAACCCACCAUCAAUUUGAAGGAGGAGUAAAACUUGGAAUAGGAGCAUUCAAUUUGAUGCUGUCGCUUUUACCAGGAAGGAUUCUCCGACUCCUAGAAUUUAUUGGGUUUUCUGGAAAUAGGAACUUGGGCCUCCAUCAGCUGCGGGAAGGUGCUUCUGGUACCAGUUUGAGAGCCAUACUGUGUACUUUUACCCUGUUGGUAUAUCAUACUUAUGUCUCUUUAAUCCUUGGUAUAGGAGAAGCCAACCUUCAGGAAGCAGAGACUCUUCUUGAACCUUACCUCCAGAAGUUUCCAAAUGGUUCCAUCAUUUUGUUUUAUGAUGCCAGAAUAGAUAUACUAAAAGGAAAUUUUGAAAAGGCACAGUCAAAAUUCCAAGAAUGUAUUGCUGCUCAGCAAGAGUGGAAACAAAUUCAUCACCUCUGUUAUUGGGAACUCAUGUGGUGCUACUCAUUCCAGCAGAACUGGCUUCAAGCAUAUCGGUAUGCAGACCUGCUCUGCAAAGAGAGCAGGUGGUCUAAGGCAAUAUAUGUAUUCCAGAAAGCUGCAAUUCUGUGUAUGCUUCCAGAUGAGGAUGUGAAAACAACUGGAGAAGAUAUUGUAUCUUUGUUCAGACAAGUGGAUGGUCUAAGACAAAGAAUUGCAGGAAAAUCUAUCCCAACCGAAAAGUUAGCAGUGAGGAAAGCUCGACGCUAUACAGCUGCUCAGCCGGUGAAACUCAUACUACCUGCUCUGGAAAUGAUGUAUGUUUGGAAUGGAUUUGCAAUUGUAGGCAAAAGAGCUGACCUCACAGAAGGUUUAUUGGUAACAAUUGAGAAAGAAGAAACUGCUUUACAGAACCAAACUAGUAAGAACCAGGGAGAGACGGCAAAACACUCUGAAAGCAGGAAAUGGGAAUGGAAUAUCCUGGGUACUAAAGAAAAAGAAAAAGAAAAACGUCGCACUGAAUAUUUUGUAGAUGACCUGUGUUUGCUGCAGUUACUAAAAGGCCUUUGUUUGAAACACCUAGGAAGACUCUUGCAAGCUGAACUGUGUUUCAAUCAAGUUAUCCAAAGUGAGAAGCAGAUAAAAUAUGAUAACUAUUUGGUGCCAUUCAGUCUGUAUGAAUUGGGACUUCUAUACAAACAGCAGGACCAGAGAGAGAAAGCAAUAAGAUAUAUAGAAACUGCAAAAAACAACUAUAAAGAAUACUCCAUGGAAUCUAGGUUACACUUCAGGAUUCAUGCAGCACUUGACAGCCUGAAAGUGACUCCAGCUUCAACGCCUUGACUUAACUGAAGGGUGAUCUUUUUUCCAUGAAUUCAAGUGUCUCCAUAAUCUUGGUUGAAUGUUUUUAAAAAAUCAUGUAUAUUAAUGAAAAAGAAAAUAAUUAUUAUAUUUUCUAUCAUCUGUGAUGUAAUGUUUGUCAUCUUUUUAGGCUGUUUUUUCUUACGUUGCAUAUACUGUUUCUCUGUGUGACACUUUAAAGAAAGACCUUAUAUUUUGUUUGAUAAAAUAAUUAAUUUAAUGUUUAACUUGAAUGGGGUAUAUUUUAAAAGCCAGUUGCUGGUGCAAUAAAUUCUCAUUCAAACACUGUAUUUUUUAAUGUGAAAACUAAUAUUGUUUCUGCAGUGAAGCUGUUUGAUGAUUCUAAGUCAUAGUUUCAGCAUUCCAUGGGAAACUGAUUUUCUGCAAUGCACUUGUUAGGAUCUUUGUGACCCUGGAACACACUUGUUGGCUGCUGGUAGCCUCAGUCACAUAUUGGGCAAACAUCUGAAAUGAAAAUUUGUGUAUCAAAGAAAUAAUAAUUUUCAGCCAAAUAAUUAUGACGGACUUACAUUCCCCUCAAGAAUGCUAAUUUUUGUCUUCAGUGAAAUAUUUUUACAAUCUCCUUCAAGACAAAGUUAGGUACAGCCAUAGUUAUAGUUGCCUUCCAAUGCUAUGUUUCAUUCCAAAUAAGUGAUUGCAGUGAGUCCUUCCCACACUUACUGGGUUUCAGUCAAUUACACAUGAAUAUACAAAUAAAUCACUGUGUGUGACUUAAUGUCAGGGAGAGGAAAGGAAAUGACAGUUUAAAAAAUUCUUAAUUAAUACCUCUUCAGUUAGUGGUUUUUAAUGGCAUUUAAAGGUUAAUUAAAAAUAUUUAAUAUACAUUUUGUGGUUGGUCUUACUAGAAGAUUUUUUAAGAUGUCGUUUUCUCUUCUUAGACCUUCUUAGGUGUUGGCAAACUUUUAGUUAAACAUAAAUGUACGAUUCUAGACAAAGGAAUUUUCAGAGCUGUAGCAACGGUAAAGAAUCCGCUAUCUGAGGAAAUAGCACGGUUCUAAGAGCUUUGCCUUAGAUGUGAGGCCUGAGCCAAAGCCUUUUGAAAUCAAUGAAUUGAAAGACUUCAAUUAACUCCAGUGGGAUUUGAUUUAGACAUUGAGGCUGUCUACAUUGCCCCCAUUUUGUGCAAAAAAAAUACAAAUGAGGUGAAGGAUGGAAUAUCAUUGUGCCUCAUUUGCAUUAUUAACAAGGCUCUGUUUUUGCACAAGAGGCU